AUGAAGAUGCUUCUCUUCUUCUGCUUCUUCCUCCUCCUCAAUGCCUGUCAGUCUUUUGGCCAGCAAGCUUCAGGUUCAGGCCUCUCUGGGAAGCAAGUCGUUUUCGCGCAAGCAUCGAAUACUGCCCAUGUGGUUUUGAAGGCCUCCCCGAAGCAGCCGUUGACCGCCUUCACCGUGUGCCUGAAACAUUACACGGACCUGACCCGUGCUUACAGCCUUUUCUCUUAUGCCACCCAGAACAGCCACAACGAUAUCAUCAUCUACAAGCACAAACCCAACCAAUACAGCUUCUACGUGGGAGGUGAAGCAGUGACCUUCUUGACCCCAGAAAAACAGUCACUUGAAAGAGAGACUUUGUGUGCAUCUUGGGAUUCUGCCACAGGGCUGGCGAGGUUGUGGGUGAAUGGAAAACGUCUGCCGCCCAGAAGCCUGAAGAAAGGAUACUCCAUCAGUGCAGACUCAUCGAUUGUGCUUGGUCAAGAUCAAGACAAUAUGGGGGGUGGCUUUGACAUCAACGACUCCUAUGUCGGAGAGCUGCUGGACGUGAGGAUGUGGGAGAGGGAGCUGUCCCAGGAGGAAAUGAAGCGCGCCCUGCUUGACGACAAUAUUCCUGGCAACGCCAUAUUUGAUUGGGAAACAGUCAAUUAUGAAGCAAAGGGUGGUGUUAUUAUUGAGCGUGCAUGGUCACCUUAAACACAAGAGCAUGUUCUGGAAAGUGGGUGUGCCAUUAUUCUUUAAAAUGUCUUGGUUGUUCAUGUUUGUACGCAGCUCGUUGAUGUGCAGUGAGUUUGUACGUAUCUUCAAUCCAAUCGUUGAAGGGAGCUGCAUUUUUAUUCUUCCAGUUCAUCAAUAACCUGUCUUUUUGCCAUAGUAAGGGCAUGGAGAUUCCACUCAUAUUGUCCCUUUGUUAGGUUCCAUGUAUAAUCCAAAAGCAUAUUUCCCUCUGCAAAUUUGAGAUCAUUCUGUACAGUCAUUUUGAUCGUCCCUACUACCUUCUGCCAAAAACUUAUCAAUAUUGUAGAAAACAUAUGUUUUAGAGAAGUGUUUUCCUUGUUACAUACUACAUGGCUUAGGUCAUCCUAAACAUAGACUUGCCAUGGACAAAUUCAAUGAUAUUUGGAAUUCAUUUUUAUAAAUACUGUAUUAGGUUAAGGUCUGGUUAACCACAAUAACUUGAUUUGUUUGUUUUCUACAUGGGUCCUAUCUUUUCUUCUUCUUUUGUGUCUUAUCUAACACUGUGCACUUGCAGUUAUGUACUUUUUAAUCUUUCAGUAAAGAAUAUAAAAAGGGAAAUGUCUUGGUUGUUCAGUAGAUAUGGCCUCUGGGCUGAUUCCUGCCGUUUCCUCCAAAUAAAAUAUUGCAUUAUACAAGCCUCUACAAA